AUGAGUGCAAUAUUCAACUUCCAAAGUCUUCUAUCAGUGAUUCUACUCUUGAUUUGCACCUGCGCUUAUCUCAGAUCAUUUUUUCCCACUUUAAUGGAUAGAAAUAAAACUGGACUUUUAGGAACAUUUUGGAAAUGUGCAAGAAUUGGAGAAAGAAAGUCACCAUAUGUUGCAGUUUGCUGUGUAGUAAUGGCUUUUACUAUAUUAUUUUUAACAUAG